CAAGCAAAGAAGACAGCCAUGAAGAGAGCGCUCUCGUUGGUGGUAGCAAUAUGUAUUGCUAUCCAGUCUUCCGUAGCGCAGGAAUACAGCUACACGGACCAGUUGCGUAUGGCUCGCGACCAGGCCUACGGAGGAGAGGCGUCAGAUGUCUGUAAUCUGGAGAGCGAUAUGGGACCCUGCAAGGGAUUCUUUCCCAGAUACUACUUUGAUGCGCAUCAGGGUAAAUGCACACAAUUCGUCUACGGAGGUUGCUAUGGGAACCUCAACAACUUUGAGACGUUGGCCGAGUGCCAAAGUACUUGCGACGGAACCUCGAGGAAAUUCGGUCCCAAAGCGUCGGCACGUGGUCUUGCGUCGGAAUCCGAAGACGCCAAUAUACCGAGCAUCUGCAACCAGCCUAAAGAACGAGGACCAUGCGCCGGUUACUUCCCGAGGUACUACUACGACUCUAUCGGAGGUACCUGCAAGGCCUUCGUCUAUGGAGGUUGCCUAGGAAACGAUAACAACUUUCCUACCAUCGAGCAGUGCAACCAGACUUGUAGUGGCGCUUCUCAGCCAGAAUCACGCAAGAUGAUACCUUCCUUCGUUAUCAAAUCAAGCAGCAGCAGGAUUGUGAUCUGCCAUCUGAAACCUGACAGAGGACCGUGCCCCGGGUACCUCCCGAGAUUUUACUACGAUCCCGCCUCGAAAAGCUGCAAGCAAUUCAAUUAUGGUGGUUGCCAAGGAAACGCCAACAACUUUGAGUCGACUGAUGAGUGUAUGAAGGCUUGUGCGGAAGUCUCAAGAAUCCCCGUGAACGAAUGGUCUGCUCGUAGCCUCAUGUCGGAGUCUGAAUCGGCAUGUGUGUUAUCUCUAUUUACAGCGGAGAAACCCGCUAUCUGCAACCUGCCGGUAGACAAGGGACCUUGUUUGGCCUUCGUUCCAAGUUACUAUUUCGACACUGCGGAAGGUAUCUGCAAAGAAUUUAUUUACGGUGGAUGCAGAGGAAACGACAACAACUUCCACACAAUUGAGCAGUGCAACCAAACCUGCGGCGUCUCAAGAACCCCAUCCGAAGAAUGGUCUCCUCGCAGUCUUACGUUGGAGUCUGAUUCGGAGAAGCCCUUUAUCUGCAACCUGCCGAAAGCCACAGGACGUUGCUUGGCCUACAUCCCAAGGUACUAUUUCGACUCCGCGGAAGGAAUCUGCAAACAAUUUAUUUACGGUGGUUGCGAAGGAAACGAAAACAACUUUGAGACAAUUGAGCAGUGCAAGCAAACCUGCAGCGUCUCAAGGACUCCAUCAGAAGAAUGGUCUCCUCGCAGUCUUACGUUGGAGUCUGAUUCGGAGAAGCACCCUACCUGCAACGUGCCGAAAGACAAAGGACCUUGCAAGGGCUACUUCCCAAGGUACUAUUUCGACUCCGCGGAAGGGAUCUGCAAACAAUUUAUUUACGGUGGUUGCCAAGGAAACGAAAACAACUUCGAGACAAUUGAGCAGUGCAAACAAACCUGCAGGGUCUCAAGAACUCCAUCAGAAGAAUGGUCUCCUCGCAGUCUUACGUUGGAGUCUGAUUCGGAGAAGCCCUCUAUCUGCAACCUGCCGAAAGCCAUAGGACCUUGCAAGGGCUACUUCCCAAGGUACUAUUUCGACUCCGCGGAAGGAAUCUGCAAACAAUUUAUUUACGGCGGUUGCCAAGGAAACGAAAACAACUUCGAGACAAUUGAGCAGUGCAAGCAAACCUGCAGCGUCUCAAGAACUCCAUCGGAAGAAUGGUCUGCUCGGGGUGUUACGUUGGAGUCUGAUACGGAGAAGCCCUCUAUCUGCAACCUGCCGAAAAAAGAAGGACCUUGCAAGGGCUACUUCCCAAGGUACUAUUUCGACUCCGCGGAAGGAAUCUGCAAACAAUUUAUUUACGGUGGUUGCCAAGGGAACGAAAACAACUUUGAGACAAUUGAGCAGUGCAAGCAAACUUGCAGCGUCUCAAGAACCCCAUCGAAGGAGUGGUCUGCUCGGGGUCUUACGUUGGAGUCUGAUACGGAGAAGCCCUCUAUCUGCAACCUGCCGAAAAAAGAAGGACCUUGCAAGGGCUACUUCCCAAGGUACUAUUUCGACUCCGCGGAAGGAAUCUGCAAACAAUUUAUUUACGGUGGUUGCCAAGGGAACGAAAACAACUUCGAGACAAUUGAGCAGUGCAAGCAAACCUGCAGCGUCUCAAGAACUCCAUCGGAAGAAUGGUCUGCUCGGGGUCUUACGUUGGAGUCUGAUACGGAGAAGCCCUCUAUCUGCAACCUGCCGAAAAAAGAAGGACCUUGCAAGGGCUACUUCCCAAGGUACUAUUUCGACUCCGCGGAAGGAAUCUGCAAACAAUUUAUUUACGGUGGUUGCCAAGGGAACGAAAACAACUUUGAGACAAUUGAGCAGUGCAAGCAAACCUGCAGCGUCUCAAGAACUCCAUCGGAAGAAUGGUCUGCUCGGGGUCUUACGUUGGAGUCUGAUACGGAGAAGCCCUCUAUCUGCAACCUGCCGAAAAAAGAAGGACCUUGCAAGGGCUACUUCCCACGGUACUAUUUCGACUCCGCGGAAGGAAUCUGCAAACAAUUUAUUUACGGUGGUUGCCAAGGGAACGAAAACAACUUCGAGACAAUUGAGCAGUGCAAGCAAACCUGCAGCGGUCCCACACGACUGUACGAGGCUCGAGCAGUUUCAAAGACGCAAAAGCCUCGCACUCCUGUCGCUCCUAAACCCAGAAGCGUCAUCGACAUCUGCCAACUUCCACCAGAGGUGGGACCAUGCAAAGGAAACGUUCCCAGAUAUUACUACGAUUCCGAGUCACGCAGCUGUAAGAGAUUCGUCUAUGGGGGUUGCAAAGGAAACGCCAACAACUUCCACACAAAGAAGGAAUGCAUUAAGACAUGCAGACAUACAUCUGGACAGCACGAGAGCCAACACAGGAGCCCUAUCAUAGACCCUGUCCCUGACAGCCGAAUCUAUUGGGGCGACCACUAGCCACAAGACAUGGAAGCGCACGUGCUUUCGACACCUGUAGUAUAUUAAUUGUUCUUUCUGUGUUUCAUUAAUAAAUCACGUGGUUGUCACUACCCAA